AAAUUAAUUACUUAUCUGUGGAUUUUGUAUUUUCAUCCGUAAAAGCGCGUCUUGCUGAAAACGAAUAUAAUUAUUGUAACUACUAAUAAAGAUUUUGAGUCUAACGAUGGCAGACAAAUUACCCCUAGGUAGACUAGCUAUGAAAAACCCUGCAACAUCCCAUCUUCGUAUUUUCGUCGGUGGUUUACAAGACGGUGUUUCUAUGGACGAGUUGUACAACCAUUUCAUACAAUAUGGUGAAAUUCAUGGCAUUGUUAUCAAUAGGAACUUUGGAUUUGUUCAGUUUGCUGAAGAAUCAAGUGCCCAGGAGGCUAUCCUCAAAGCAAAUGGAACUGUUUUCCAGGGGAGGACUCUUAGUGUGAAAACUGCACAAACAAACACUAAUGCUAUGGACAAGAGGCAUAUUGAAUCGGCAGCAUCUGAUAUGCCUCCAGCAGUGGCUCAUCAUAAUGAUAAACCCCCCUUAAUGGGCGCUGAUGAUGGCAAUGAAGAGUUAUAUGAUAAUUUCGGGAAUUAUAUUGGAGAUCAGAGUUAUAGAGAUGAGGAAUAUGAUGAUGGUUACCCGGGUAAACCUGGUUGGGAGGGGCGAGGAGGAAUGCGUGGCCGAGGUGGCCCAAGAGGACGUGGACGUGGCCGCGGCCGUGGAGCUCCCCCCGGCUUUAGGGAUCGCUCGCCGAUCUCAGGUAGAGCUGGUGAAUGGAAAGAUCGCAGUAGUUACGAUCGCUAUCAACAAAUGUCAGAUUAUCCUAGAGCGGUACCUGUCACGGAGAGAAAUGAUUGUGAAAUCAUCGUCGUCUCAAAAUCUCUUACCGAAUAUGCAGAAUACAUUGAAGGUCGCCUCAAAAGGCUAGGGAUUGUGGUUGAUCUUCUGUUUCCCAUGGAAGAUGUUCCGAUUGGCAAAGUGCUGGGCAACAUUGCGUCCCGCGGCUGUCUGUACGCAAUAUUAGUAAUGCCACAAAAUCAAGAAAAUAGGUCCUUAACACUUACAAUACUUCAUGGACUACCUCAAGAACAUCGAAAUAUGCCACUGGAGGAUUCCCUUCAGCUUUUAUCCCGCAACUUUCAAGAAGUGCAGAGAGGUGGUCCCUCUGGUAGGGAAGCAGUGUACGCGUUACUCGGCCAACUCGCUGACGGACGCACCCUAACGGUCUUGCAGUACGAUAAAGUCAUAGAAUACCUACAGGAACGCAGAGAACAGCAAGUAAAAAUAGAGCUUGGGGAGCCAUUGAAUCCGGCUCCUGCUAACAAAACACAAGUAGAUCUCCAACAGAGAAUUCUUAGUAUACUGAAUGAAAAGAAAGUAAUACCACCGGCACCGGUGGAACAACCGCCGCCCGCGGCCCCAACUCCGCCAGCCCCCGCACCACCUACCCCACAGAAUAAACUGCUAAGUGAUCCCACUGUUAGAAAAGCACUAGAUUCAAUAUUACAAAAGUUUACAUAAACAUUGUGACUCUGAUUGUGCUUCAAGAAUCUAUACUGUGCUGUUUCUGACUAGCUCGUGACUUUAUAUAUAGUUCAGGAAAAUGUGUGUAAUUAAGAAGAUUUAUAAACCGAAAAAGAUACUUCCAGUAUAAUGUUACUUCAACAAAAAUAUGAUUUUUUACUCUGUUAGAAAAUAGAGUUAAAUGUAAAGCGAAACAAUAUGUCAACGCUGCAAAGAGGCUAAGGCCAAUACAGACAAGAAAGCAUUUAUUUUUCUUCAGUGGGUUUAUGUAACUUUAUCAAACUUAUAAAAAAUAUUUUGUAUUGCAUUUGUACAUGCACAUGCAAGUUGCGCGAAAUUCAGCUUACCUCAGUAGAUGCAAUUGACAUAAUGUAUUUUUUAGCAUUUACUGACAAUAAAACUCGACCAUAAGUUACAUCAGUUUUAUUUAUUAAAUUCAUACAUUAGGUGGUCUAAACAAGAUUGUCCACAUUGCUAGCAGUUCAUUGGUGAUGUCAAAUGACAAUGGUGCUAUAAAGUUAAUGUUUUAUUAUGUACAUACACACGAAACAGUUUCCAUUGAUGCUAAGAAAUAAGAUCCAGGAUUACUGAAGCAGGAGCUGAUUACAAAAAUUUUGAUUGGUUCAGUAAAACAGGGUGAAUAGAUAAAAGGAAAAUUCGCCAAUCACCACCCUUCACCCCGUUUUACGAUUCUCAUUUUCAAUGCUUUUCUAUGACCCCAGCCUAACUAACAUCCAAAGCUAUCUGUCAUACAAAAUAAAACCUUCAUGCAAGGUCUUUAAAUAUUGUUUACAUGAUUUUUAAAUUGUUUAGGUACAUCCGUUAGUUGUUCACUAGGUACAACACAGAAAGGCAUGAUUUUAUAUACAAAUAUGAGGACAACAAUUAGUAGAUUUAGAUUUCAGGAAUUCAUAAUUAUGGCAUUGUAAGAAUUUGCAACUUCAAUUAUUUAAUGGCUCUAUAUUAUAUGAUUAUUAUUUAUACCAUCCCAUUGAGAUCAAGGCUCUGAGUCUUAUUUAACUUUCAAAAGCAUCAUCUUUUUAAAAAUUAUAUUCUUUCAUCUUUCUAAAAGUUAUAAGCUAUACAAGAUAUAUAAUAAACUAGGAUAACAUUACGAAUAUCCACAUCUUACUCUAUAUAAACAUAUCCACAUACGCCCUUAUUACUAUAGCGACUAAAUGCCACCACACACCCAUCAAACCCCAUAAAGCUUUGUUGGAAGAAUUUGGUGUCAGUAAGAGCUCGACGGGUGAGAGCGAUAUUUACAUGGGAUCAGUCAGGUAUUGACUGCAUUGCCAACCACAACAGUGCAGGCUAUUCUGCAAUCCUUUAAAUCCUUUUAAGUCGUCAUACCAAUUAGGUUGACCUCUCUGGUGGGUCUUCUUGUUUAGAUGGAUCAAAGCCUUCUUUUAUGUGUCCUCCCGUGCCUUUGGGAUCUAAGUCUGUAGCCCAGCUAAAGUGCAUCAAUGCUAAAUGGGAAUUGCCUAACUUAUUAUGAACUUUUCCAAGUAAAUAAUAUACUAAUGAUUCUCUUGGCGCAAUAUCUUUCAAAUGGUGCAGAUCUGCUAAAGCUUCUUCUGGUUUACCAGCCCGUAAUAAAACAGAAGCUCUGUGGAAACGACAUAAAGGAUUCUCUGUGUCUAAAGCAACAGCCCUUUCUAAAGUAGCAAGAGCUCUGUCCAUUUUGCCCAGAGCUGCUUGUGCUAAUCCUAAUUGGCACCUCAAGACUCCUGAAUGAGGAUGUAUUGUUAAAGCUCGUCGAAUGUGCACUUCAGAAGGCUUCCACCGUUCUUGUCGCGCAUAUACUGUAGCAAUCCCAAACCACGCAACGUAAUUACGUGGGUCAAUUGCUACUGCUGCUCUGAAGCUAGAAAGAGCCUUGUCUGUCUCCUCAGCAACUGCAUACUCGUGUCCUAACAAAGCAUGAGCAUAAGCUGCUUCAGGAUUUAGUUGAACAGCUCGUUUGAAGAAUUUUAAUGCAGUUUCUCUUUCUUUAUGAAGAGAAAAGCAAUUACCAGCAGCAAGCCAAGCUAUUGGGUCUUUCCUAUCCAAUUCUACUAGUUCUUGAGAUAAUGCUGAUAAUUGUGCUUCCCGUUGCAAAUGCCAUAAACAGGUACUAUAAAUAUCCAUCCCCUCUGUACGAUUUGGAUAUUGUUUUCUAAUUUCAGCAAAAAUUUUUGCAGCUGCCUCAUAUUGAGCCAGUUCAUAAUGGGCUUUUGCUAUCAUAGUCUGAACCCAGGGAGAUGCUAGCUGUUUUGGUGAUGUUUCUUGGAAUAAUUUAAUUGCAGUUUUGCAGUCUAAGAAUGCCAGUGACUUGUAGGCUUCUCCCAAAUCUCGCAUUAAAUUUAACAAUGCAACACCGUUGGAAUUCUUUGGUGGUAUUGUUGGUGUAACUGUCUCUACACUUUUAUUAUUCCUUUCAUUAGCUUCUACUGUAUUACUUUUGAUAUUUUUGGCUGUACGCUGCUUAUUUUUUCUUGAAGGACUUUUAGGAGCUACAAAUUUUCUACUUGGUGAUUUAUUAUUUUCUUUUACUGAGUAACUGCUGUUAUUAUUACUAAAUAAUCUAGAUGACCGCCGUGGAGCUGGUCCGAGAGUACAUCUAGGGGCUGGACUGAAUACUGCAUCUUUUAACUGUCCCAUUUGUGCUCGUAAUGAGUUUACUAUCUUAGGUAUGGCUUUCUGCUCAUUUGAGUCUGUUAGAGUUGGUGUAUAUAAUACAGGAGAUUCUUCCAUCGGUAGCAUUCCAAAAGAAGGGGAAAAGGGAAUGGGUGCCAUGCCACUGAACACACUAUGCAUUCUCUUUACAGGAGCUUGAGUCUCAGGUGUGAUACUAGUGGACAUUGUCAUAGGGGUUCUUGUAGCCACAUUGUUAGGUGUGACAUUGGUAUUCAUAGCAGUAUUAUUAGGAAUGUUGUUACUAUUAACAAAUGAAAUGUUUUCUGAAUUGCUGACUAGAUUCACUAAUGUAGUUACACCAAAUGUAAAGUCAGUAUUGUUCAUUUGGAAUACUUGGUGAGGGUCAACUUUCUCACCCAUAUUACACAGCUGUGCAAAUGAUUUCCACAUAAAUGGGUUCAAUGAAAGUGCUUUUCUAUGAGCUUCUACUGCUUUGCUUCUUCUUUCAGUGAGAUUGUAUAUUUUGCCCAGAAGUUGUAAUGCAUAUGGUGCUUGUUCGCCAAAUUCAGAUGCAACAAUAUCUAAAUUAUUUCCAAGCGUAAGUUCAGCAUCCUUAAAUCUGAAAUAACAAAUUACUGAAUGUAGUAAGAACAUUAUUGCAAAUUGAAUUGUUUUAUAUUUUAAACUUUUACUUACGAUUUUAACUCCAAGAAACAUUUAGCUAAUAGGAAUCUGGCUUGUGGUAAUGUCAAUGACAUGUUUUGCAACAAGUAUUGAGCCUCAUUUAUUUUUCCAGCUCUAUAAUAACAAGUCCCCAAUAAAAAAGCAGUUUCCUCCGAUGCAACUGAAACAGAAAUUUCAACGUUGAUGAUAAGACACGGUAUGUAAGUGCAUAAU